CAAUGCACCGCGCACCCCCUGGUGACCACUUGGACGACCCGAACACGAAGCGCAGCGGAAGAACUAUAGUUGUGAAGCAACAGAAAACGCGCCGAGGGGUUCGUUUCUUAGUUCACACGUUCGACAGCUGAGGCGCAGCGGGACGGAGGCUCCGGUGAUAUCGGCUCCUGGCGGCAGCUGGUGGCGGAGCCUGUUAGCAUCAGCUAGUCGGUUAGCUGCUGGCGCUGACUGACGGUGGGUGGGGGGAUGAACAGCUGCUGGUAGCAUCAGGCAACUGGCCCCAGCAGGAGCAGACAAAAGAAAAGACAAGAUUUUAAAAUAUAUAUAUGUUUAGAUACUAGCAAGUGUUAAAUACGUCUGGUACCACUUGUAAUUAGCAAGUUAGCAGGUAGUUUAUUGAGACGAGCUAACUUCAACUUAGCGAUUGUUCGGUCGGUGUCGGGCCAACAUCUGUAAACACUGGCUCUGUGUAGCAUCUAGCUAGCAGGGGCAAACAACAACAACAACAACAACAAGCAGCCCACCAUGAGCUCCGAAGAGACCGCAGCGGCCACUAAGCCCUCCCCGGACGACGACGGCAUGACGUGGUGGUACCGGUGGCUCUGCAAGAUAGCCGGGGUUUUGGGUGGAGUAUCCUGUGCCGUCUCAGGGGUGUGGAACUGUGUCACUGUGAACCCUCUAAACAUUGCUGCGGGAGUGUGGAUGGUGUUGAAUGCCUUCGUGCUGUUCCUGUGUGAAGUCCCGUUCUGCUGCCAGUUCAUAGAGUUUGCGAAUGCAAUUGCAGCCCGGGCAGACAAAUUCAAGCCGUGGCAAAAAGCCAUCUUCUACUGUGGGAUGGCUCUGUUUCCCGUGUUCUUGAGUUUCUCCUUUACCACCUUGUUUGGGAAUGCCAUCGCCUUUGCUACAGGAGUUCUGUACGGCCUUGCAUCUUUAGGCAAAAAGGGAGACGCUGUGACCUACGCCAGACUGCAGCACCAGAAACAGGGCGAUGAGGAGAAGAUGGCAGGAACGGCAAACGGCGCUCCUGAGUGAGGCAUUCACCAUUCCAACAUCCUCCCCCUCCUCCUCUCUUCUUCAGCUCUUUAAGUUCCUGUCCUCCAUCCACCCUACCUCCUCUUCACUGUCAUUUCUGUCACUACAUAACAACGGUACUGAGUUUACUGUAUAUAUUCCCUUGUGAUUGCUGCAUUCUUGUGACCUAAUAACAUCCCAACAGACUGAUGUUGGACUCAGUCCAUUAUUUGGUACCUGGUGUUUUAUUAAUCUCCUUGACUGAAAACCUUGGAUUUAAAAAAAAAAAAAAAUGAUGGGUUAUAUUUUAUUACUUUGUGUCUUCCUUUUUUGUUUGCUGCUGUUGGUUUUAAACCCUUUUUGCGGAAAGAAACGUGAGGUAAACUUUGGGACUCAAGAUCCUUUCAGGAAAUCUGGAUAGAAAUGAAUUAUGAUUGUAAAAUGUAAAUAAUUGACUUCAGGUUAUUCAUUAUGAGUUUGGGGCCUGUCUUGUAAAACCUGCGGAUGAAGAAAAACAUCCAUGCGGUUCAGAUUUGAUCUGUGUAUUGUCUUUUUUUUUUGCCAGCACUGUCCAAAUAUUGAUACAAAAUUUUCUAACUUCCUUAUCGUUGCCAAGUUUGGGGGAGUGGGGUUUCCGGUGACAUUGGUGGCAUUUGCAUUGAAUGAUUGUGAAAUUAUAAAUGCAUUUUUUUUUUUUUUUGAUUUUGAAACUCAGGGUAACACCCUGGUCCCCUUGAAUGUUCCUUCGUUGGUGACGGCCUGAUAGAAGAGAAACUCUUUUGCAUUCAAAGUCAUUUGAGGUAACAAUGCAGACAACUAUUAGAAGUGUUCUAUUUCUAUUCAUGAUUUGGGUCUUACUUAAUACAGAUUAAGAGGACAUUAGAGUUGAUGUCCAAGUGUUUAUUUGUUGUUACUCUUAAUCAUGUGCAAAAGACUUGAGUAUCAGGGUUUUUUGUUUUUGUUUUAGGAAAUCUGUUUCCUUCGAUGAGUGGUUUUUACUAGAUAGGUUCAUGUAUAUCAUAAAAUCAUGUAGUACAGAGUAGGAUUUAAGAAUUUCCUCUGACGUGUAUUAUUCUGAGUCACACACUCCAAGCUGCUGCAUUUAGACUAGAAACAGUUGUUAUAUAAAAGCAUUGUGCUUUUUGUAGAGUAGAAUUUACUGUGAUCCAAAACGAAACUAUUGAAUUUCCGAAAAGGAUCUUUGGAAAACCCCACCCCAAUGUGCCCACGAGGCACAUCAUACAAAUGAUUAGUACCCCCAUGCAAACGGAGGGCAUUUCAGCUGCACACAUACAACUCUGACCUGCAGCAUGAAAGCAUUUAUGAACUUCUAUGGGCAUUGGAGAUGUUUUUCUCAUCAGGGAAUGUAUCUGGUAGACCCAAAGAUAAGUUGACUUAGUUAUUCUUUGUGCUUUAAGAAUGACCAUUGACCCCUUUUGGAUUAAGCACUGUUAAAGCACUGCUUUACUAAACACUACGUAGCAUGAAUUCAGGGGGUAUUUUGUAAAAAGCUUUCGGUGCAUGGGCCCUACUUGUUUACAUACACAAGCUUCUGUCGGAGCAGCCGGUAGCCAGAGUGUGGCUGCAGAUUUGGUCGUACAGAAAACUGGAAAGUGCGCUAAUUUUAAUUUACAUUUUUUCAACUGUGUGGUACCUUUUCCUUUAAAUUCAGUUCCUGAAUUAUGUUUGAUUUUGAGUCUUAAUAAGUACAUUACUCUUCCAUUACCCAUCACGUUUUAAUGAGGGGGAGGUGAGUUGGUUUUGCUCUGUAUCCCAAACAAUCAUCAGAGCCACGACUUGCCUUCGUCACUGAAAUGAGUGGCCGGCAAUAUACAGUUUGUGUUGUUUUUGUCGCCCUCCCUCUGUUUUAUCAUCUGUGAUCAGGAUGCUUUGGGAAUAACUUGCCUGCACGUACCUCUUACAGCUGUGUCAAGCUCACGUCUGUUACCCGCCUGGUCAGUGACUGUGUUUUUCUAUGUUUGCACACUACCACACCAACUCUCAGGUGUCAUACUUGACAAUGCACAGCGUGCAGAUGCAGUUAAUAAAAUGGCGUACAUAAUGUAAACAAGCAUGACGCUAUCACUAUACCAGAGCCAAUGGCAAAAUAUUUGUGGAGCAUUUUAAACGUCCACGCCCAGUGCUCACAAGUGGUUAAACACCAGGUACACACCAGCAAUGUGCUACGGUCUGACACUACACACUCAUACAGUUUUAAUAACACGCGAAGACUGCUUUAGUUCAAAGCUGUCCAUCCACCUGUCUAUUUUAGUUUUUAUUGUGUGUCCUCUUCUGUAAGGGAUAUGUGUAUGAUGUGUGCAAUGCUGUGAAUCCUCAUCCUAUUGUGAAUUAAAACACAUGCUUCUACUA